AUGCUCCCCCGAGCAAUUCGGCCCGCGUCGCGACUGCCCGCCCAAGCCGUUGCGGUCUCUGCUCGCACCUUGACGAGCUCCACUUCGGCCGGCCCCCAGAUGGCCCCGAGCAUGUCGCUCGUCACAUCGUCGGCGUACUGCACGCGGUUCAACAAACCGCCUCUAACACAAGACCACCCCGGACGGGCACAAAUACACACUGGGCAGUCGCGAGACAGCGGGGCGAAGCCUGUUGAGUUUGUUCCAGAGAGCAAUAUCCGUGUCUUUCGCUCCGUGGACAACUGGAGGGCAUUCCAGGAUGAGGACCGUGGUCGAUCCUUUGCCCUCGUCCCGACGAUGGGUGCGUUACACGAAGGCCACAUCUCCCUGAUCCGGGCCGCGGCUCGUGACAACGAGCACGUGGUCGUCAGCAUAUACGUUAAUCCUGCGCAGUUCGGGAUCAAAGAGGAUCUAUCUAGCUACCCUGUAACAUGGGACCAAGACUGCAAGCUUCUAGUCGAGCUGAACACGAAGCUGAGGCAAGAGGGCUAUGUCGGACAGGUCUCUGCGAUAUUUGCGCCGACGACCCCGGAGAUGUAUCCGUCUGGGUUCCCUGGCCAGGAAAUAGACUCCAAAGGCAGCUUCGUGACCAUUACUCCCGUGGGCGAGGUUCUCGAAGGAGCUAGCCGGCCGACCUUCUUCCGUGGUGUUGCUACUGUCUGUAUGAAGCUGUUCAACAUCAUACGGCCGAGCCAUGUCUACUUUGGCCAGAAAGAUGUCCAGCAGACAGUGAUCAUCCGCAGGAUGGUGCAAGACUUUCGCAUGCCGAUCGACGUAGUAAUUGGCCCUACCGUGCGUGAGUCUGACGGCUUGGCGCUUAGUUCUCGUAAUGUCUAUCUUGGGGAGCGAAGACGGAAGGUCGCGACUGUGUUGUCCCGCGCACUCAGGGCAGCCGAGGGCAAGUAUCUCCAGGGCGAGCUUUCUCGAGAAGAGAUCCUUGGUGCCGCCAAUAAAGUGGCAGCUGAUAUGCUUGAAGUACAGAAACGUUUAGCCCCUGAAGAGAGGGUUUUGUACGAGGUAGACUAUAUAUCACUUGCCAGCCCCGAGACCAUGGCCGAGCUGGAUAGUGUGGAUCCGAAUACAGGAGGCAUUCUAAGCGGUGCGAUUAAGAUGCUGCCAGUCGAGGCUCCCAGGCAAGGGGAAAAUUUGGGUCACAGCGGCGGCCCGGCUGUACGACUGAUUGAUAAUAUCAUUCUAAAGCCACAGGUACCACAGACAGAAGAGCAACCAUCUGCCGCCCAAGAAAUCCCCAAGGAGGCUCAAGAUCCCCUCGAAAGGAUAGGCCUUCAAGUAGCCACGGAAGGAAAGGCCUAA